AUGACAAUGUCUAGUGCCGCCAACAUCUUAUUGAAACAGUUUAAAGAACUUACAAGUAAUCCUGUACCAGGGUUUACAGUCGCUUUGCAGGAUGACGAUGUUUUUGAAUGGGACGUAGGUAUUAUCGGUGCACCUAAAACUAUUUACGAGGGCGGUUACUUUAAGGCAACUCUCAAAUUUCCAGAUGAUUAUCCAUUUAACCCACCGACGUUUAAAUUCAAUAAUGAGUUUUUCCAUCCCAAUGUUUAUUCAGACGGAAGACUUUGCAUAUCUAUUCUUCACCCACCAGUUGAUGAUCCAACCAGUGGAGAAACUGCAGCUGAACGUUGGAAUCCCACUCAAAGCGUUGAAAGUAUUCUAAUCAGCAUCGUUAGCCUUAUGGGGGAUCCUAAUUGCUCAAGUCCAGCUAAUGUGGAUGCUGGGGUUAUGUACCGUACAGAUCGUGAUUCUUAUAAUGGUAUUGUUCAUGCUCAAGUCGAGGCAUCGAAAAAGGAUAUUCCGGAAGGUUUGAAAAUACCAACAAGCAAAGAAACAAACCGACGAUGA